UGACUGCACAUGCGAGCGAGGGAUGGAGGAGGAUCGCAUCCUUCAGUUGUAGCUCGGGAUCGGACCCGAUCGGAUGUGUUUAGUCAGUGGCUGCUGCUACACGGAUUUGUAGUGGUGGUGGCCAGGACGAUAAGUGUUGCCCAACUACAAGCUGCUCUUUUCUUCGGGACUUUUUAGAGUUUUGCUUACUCGCUUUUUUUUGAAUUUACCGACGCAAAAGUGUGAAUCGUAUUCCGAAACCAGAUGCAAAGUGUCUUUCGAGUGUAACUGGAAUUCUGACUAUCAUUCAUGUCUCGCCAAGUGACUUGUAGUGUUCUCUGUAAUUACUGUCAUUUAGUGAAACAGUUCUCGGAUGCUCUUUGCAACUAUAAUGAAGACUGGAUCUGUGUUGAACGCCACGUUAAAACUUUAAAGUGCUUGCCAUAGAUUUGUGAAGAAAGAGCGAGUUAAAAAUCGUAGUUCCGACAUCUAGAAGACGAGGCGGCUAUCAGUUCAAAACAUUGAAAACGGGUUUUGAGUUGUCUCGUAGGGGCCACUAAGGAAAUCAUGGCGGGUCAAGGUCGAGUCGAUGCUGCAAGACAACUUCGCAACUUCGUUCUGAUCCUCACAGCUACCUCGCUCAAGGUCGUCGUUGCUCAGGGCAUCGUUGACCCUAGGUGUGGCGCGCCCUUCGGCAAUUUCCCUGACCCUGGCCACUGCAACCGCUACAUCUCGUGCUGGGGCGGCAGAGGCUUCUCCCAGAGCUGCGGCAGCAACCUUGUCUUUCAUCCGGUCACGAGGAGCUGCCAGUCCGGAUCUACUUGUCCAGGAGAGGGGGUGCAGGCCCCAGACUCUGGACAGAAGCUUCGACUGAGCAGCGGCGAAGGGCCAUGGGCGGGUCAACUAAACGUCAAGUAUGGGGGCGAAUGGGCGUUUGUAGAUGCCCGUGGAUGGUCCCACGACCUCGGGGAGCUCGUCUGCAAGCAGCUCGGUUUCGAUGGGUACGAGAGUGGGCAGGGUAUGGUACCCACGAAUCGGGGAACCUCCCAGAUCCUUCAGCUGGGGUGCCCGAGAUCUGCAAACUCCAUCCUACAAUGCAGCCUGAAUAGUUGCAACACCUGCCUUCAGUCCUCCAAAGUCGUUACUAUCAGAUGCAGGAGGCCCCCAACGUCCCGGUGCCCAAACCCGAAGGUUGGGGCCACGCAGCAGCGGGGCUGGGAGCGAUGGAAGAACGAUUGCUACCUCGUCCUCGACGACUACAGGGCGUCUCGAGACUUAGCUCGGAGUAUGUGCCGAGAGCGAGGUGGCGAACUCAUGUCGAUAGGUAGUCAGGAGGAGCAUGAAUAUAUAUCAGAACUCCUGACCACGAAAACAACUAGUAACAGUCUCGAGUACUACACUGAUGGUGCGGGCGCCAAGGUGGGCGGUCUCAGUCUGUGGAUUUGGGAGGCGUUGCGUAACAACAUUAGACACAAUGGGUGGUGGCCAGGUUGGAACAACUCCCGAUCGACGGUCUCGGCGCCUCCUCCUGGGAACUCUCCUUCGUGUCUGGUUCUGAAGAAGUCGUUUCCUGUGACGUCGUCUCCGUCCUCCAAUAUGGACGCCGGAUUCUACUACUUCCAGGGCGUCGACUGCAAUCUCAAUCGGCCCUUCAUCUGUAAGGGCGCCCUGGAGGAUGCUGGCUGCUACGUGGGUGAUGGCCGAACAUACUCGGGAAAGGCCGACGUUACCACUUCCGGUCGGACCUGCUUGAGCUGGGAUGACCCGCAAAUCAACUCCCUUCAGGGGCUCGACCAGAGGGCCCGGAACUUUGAUCUGGGCCUCCUGGGGCCGCACAACUUCUGCAGGAAUCCCGACAGGUCUCGGUCCCCGUGGUGUUACGUGGCGCCCCAGUUGGCCGAGUUUUGCGACCUGCCGUCGUGUGGGGACGGCGGCGGCGGCGAUUCUCUGACUUCCGGCUCCUCUUCCUCUCCCCUUGUUACAGGAUCGAGGAUUUCAACUCUACUGAGACCCUUAAACAGUCCCAACAGCAUCCCGUCGACGACAACAACGAGGACCACAACCACCACAGCGAAACUGAGAUGUGCUUCCAGCGAAUACACUUGCGAGAGUGGAGGCAAGUGCCUUUCUCAGUCGCAGGUGUGUGACGGAGACAGACAGUGUCCUACCGGUGAUGAUGAACACCUGUGCAAGCGUUACCUUCAGGAGUUCGAAGCCCACCAGAAGAAGACGCUGAUCAUAACCCAGACGCUUCUGCAACUCCCAAGGGAAGACGCUGGGGUUUGUGCCAAACGCUGCAUCGACAACAACCAGUGCAGAGGAUUCGUUUACGAUGAGCUGACGAAGAAGUGCACCUUGACGUCCACCGACGUAGCCUCGUCCGGCCUCCUGUCCUCGAGUCAGAACGUCUUCUACGAGCUACGUUCCCGCCGCAGCAACUGCGGCGUCCGCUUCAAGUGCAGCAACGAACGGUGCGUCGACCGUAACGACGUCUGCAACGGGAACAACGACUGCGGCGAUAAUUCCGACGAAGGGCAGUGCCAGACGUCCCUGAAAUACGAGACCAAGUUGGUCGGGGGGUCGGGAAGCCACGAAGGGAACGUGCAGAUAAAGGUGGGUGACGAGUGGGGCUUCAUUUGCGACGACAAAUUCGGCUUCGAGGAAGCAGAUCUCCUCUGCCGAGGGCUUGGCUUCCAGGGGGCGUUGACCUUCACUCGAAAUAAUAAGUUCGGCUUCAACGAUAACAUCCAGCGACGUAGCACACCCAAGUUCUGGCUGGACGAAGUCUCUUGCACUGGAACGGAGCAAAGUUUCUUCGACUGCCCCGCCAGUAGUUUGGGAGUUCACGAUUGUGGGCCUACAGAGAUAGCGGGCGUUGUCUGCAGGUCAGGCAACACGGUCUGCAGCAACGACCAGUUCCAGUGCGGUCAGGCCCGUCUGCACACCUGCAUCCCGAGGAGCAACGUUUGUGACGGCGCCAAGGACUGUUUUGAUGGCAGCGACGAGGCACCGGAACUAUGCGACGACGUAGGCGUCACGCGCCUGGAGAACACCCUGUCCUCGCUGCGUGGCACUGUCUCUGGCACGGUCUUCGUCAAGCACAAGGACAAAUGGGGCACGGUGUGUGACGACGCCUUCGACGAGAACCACGCCAAGGUCAUUUGCCGAAGCCUGGGUUACGAUAACGGGUGGGCGGUGCCGUAUCCCAGAGCCUUCUUUGGUCGAGGGCGCGGUGAAAUUCUUAUGGAUGAGGCUGGAUGCAAGGGUAGAGAAAGCUGGAUCGGAGAGUGUCCUGGAGCCGUUUGGGGCGUGAGCGAUUGUGAUCACGCGGAAGACGUCGGCGUCCUUUGCUCUGAUCCGGUCGAAGUUCGGUUGGUGGGAGGCCCCACCUCCAAUUCAGGUCGCGUGGAGGUCAAAAUCUCUGGCGUCUGGGGAACAAUUUGCGACGACGACUUCGACGAUUAUGAUGCGCAGGUCGUGUGCAGCAUGUUAGGAUACAGGGGAGACGCCAUUGCCCACAAAAAUGCCAGGCACGGAAAGGGCUCCGGUCCAAUAUGGCUGGAAAAUCUGGAUUGCACCAGCAAGGAAACAGACUUGAAAACCUGCAAGAAAUCUCCGCCAGGCUCUUCGGAUUGCACGCACUCGGAAGAUGCGUCCGUCACGUGUUAUAAUACCAGAAGAGGGUCAAUAGACAAAGGAUUGCAGACGAUCCUUCCGGACGGUUGCGGUCGUAGAACGGACUCCUCUUCAUCUUUCCUUCUGGACAACUUCGCCAAGAUCGUCGGAGGCUCGUCUCAACAGCCUUUGGAUCACCCCUGGCUGGUUUCCCUGCAGCUACGAGAAGACGGUAAACUAAAGCACAACUGCGGUGGCGUAGUCAUCGCAGAAGACUACGUUCUGACAGCAGCUCAUUGCUUCAAGAUCCACGGCAGACAAAGUUAUGUCAUACGAGUUGGCGAUUACAAAAUGAAUACGCGAGAGGAUGAACAGGAGGAUUUCCAAAUUGAAAAGUUAUGGGUCCACGAUGAAUUCGAUACUACCGUGGAGUUCAACAACGACUUAGCCAUCCUUAAGGUCGCCAGGAAAAAUGGAAGGGGAAUCAGAUUCAGCAGAUCUGUGCAACCUGUCUGCCUGCCUAGCGAGACCUCCAGCUACACCUCAUUGCAAGAAUGCUCAAUAUCCGGAUGGGGAACGACCUCUGAGAGAGCCCCGCCCGUGCCGCAGAACAUUCCAAGAUCCGGCGAGGUGAACAUAUACGAUAUGUCAACGUGUACCGGACCGGAUAGAUACGGCUCAUUCGAAGUGACGUCAGGGAUGGUGUGUGCUGGGCACUUGGACGGCCGGAUUGACACUUGCACCGGUGAUUCAGGAGGACCUUUGACCUGCAAGGAUGGCGGUAGGUAUGUCCUCUACGGCAUUACGUCUUGGGGCAAAGGCUGUGGGAGACGAGGUCAGCCUGGCAUGUACACCAAGAUCACCAAGUUCCUCAGAUGGAUCCAUGAUACCAUCGUCUGAUUUAGUCUCCUGCAGCAUCUUUGAACUUCAGCCAUAUAUCCCUUCAAGAUCCUUGGCGCAAACAGCUCCAUUCGUUUCACUGGAUUUCCCUGAUAUAGCUGCGGGAGCCCUGUGGAAUUUGCCGUAAAUGAUGAGUGUGAAGUACCCGGUAUAUGAACGUAGUAGUAAGACUUAGUUGAUCUCAAGAAAGAAAAUGAACGAGUACUGGGCAUUGUAAGGGGUGGAAGAUGAUUUAUCAAAUAGGUCAUCCCUUCUUCCACCAGUGACAACAGCUGGAGUCCGUGAAACGCUGAAAGCUGCCACCUGAUACACAAAGGCUUUUCCCUCUUCCUGUGUAAAGCAGUCUUUAAAACGAAGGUGCAACGUGUUUACGAGAAAUAUUUGACAACCUAAUAUUGUCGUACUUUCUGAUGAUACUGACGUUUCGCGAAAAAAUUGAAUUCUCUUGACUAGUGUUCAAUUUCGUCUGACAUUUUCAAGUGAGGUCUCCGUAAGAAAGAUAUAUGAAAAAGAUAAUAGCAUCUCAGUUUGAACCUAUACUUUAGUUACUUGUGUUUUUAUUAAAUAAAAACAAGGGAAGUAUAAUUUUGAAUGUUGUAUACGAAAACAUUCAGUGUCUUUAGUCAGGUGCUUGUAAAACGUGCAUUUCAUUCGAGUGAUCAGUGAUAAGAUGCAAUUACAAUUGCGUCGUUUUAGUUUAAAAUAUCAGUGCCACUUUUUGAACCGAUGUUAUUUAUUUUAUUACAUAAUUUUCUGGAAGGUGUACCCGUGUCGUUGCUUGUCAGAUUUGUUUGUUGGAUAACAUGGAAAAAUGUUUUUAUUUUUUUUAUUUACAAAACUAUAAUGAGCAGUUGUUGGUAUCUGGCAUUUACAUUCAUUUUCUUCUGUAUUUUCAUAUAACCUCUUUGGUACGAAAACGAAACCUAAAGAUACAGAGCGGUGGUAAGUAGUCGUCAUGAUUAUCCAGCAAACAAUUGCAGCAAAAUGUAACACGAACUUGGAUUUGCAACCGAGACCGCAUCUAGGUAAGAAAGGCAGCGCAUGACAGCUUUCAUGACAGCUACCGUAUUCACCGGAGAGAUCCCAAGGGCAUUUCAUUUAUCUAAUGGGCAUUUUAAACAGGCAUUUAAGAAAUAUCGUUUCCCAAAGAUUCCAGUGCUCUUGAUGUACUUCUGGAUGUGAUAAUUAUUGACACAUUUUAACGACGUUGGUAAAAAUAGUAACUCAAGACACGCGUGAGAAGAGCAUCUCAGUGGAACGUUGUACUACAUUUAAGAACGAUGAUUUACCGCAAAAAUUAAUCUUUAUUUCGAAGUGAUGUAAACUGUGAUGUUAUUCAGGAUCAGUCAUAUCUCAUCCAAACUUGUUCUAUUGUUCUCUGGAAGAUUUAGUUUGCUUAUAAAUUGCCUAAAGGUGUUUCCAUUCUUUCAUCGAUUUCAGUGUUUGUCGUUGUACGUAUCUGUUUCUUCCAAUGGCCAUACUACACCUCUUGUCAUCACAUGCUGAGUCAUUGUUACGUCACCCAGUGUCCAUAAUCGCUGGCCAGUAACUCAUCGGGUCUUAGGAAGCCUUUGUCUUGACCCAGUGUUUCUCAUUUUCGUUUCCUUGUUUUAUUGUUUUAGUUUACGGUUUGCUCAUUUUGAAUGUGAAUUUCAUCAAAAGUCACUUUCAUCCGUGUGAUCAUGAAGGUUAAUUAAUUUUGUUAAUUUGUUAUAAAACACAGUGCUGUAGAUGAGAGCACUUUCUCUUUUUUUUUAAUUGAGGAAUGUAUUGUGACUUAAAGACAGUGCAUUGGUGUGCUACGUGUCGUAAUGAAUUAUAUAAUCUUUCCACCCUUCUCGGUGCUCCAUGAUGGGAUGGAGGUCAUGUCUCAAGGAUGGAAACUGGAUUAUCUGUCCAUCUCUAAGGUGCAUUUAUUCGUCUUCGAUUUCCUUGAACUGGGAUUAGCUAAUCAUAAUGUUUAAUACGUAAGAAUCCACAGUUAUGUAUAUAUGAGGACGGCUGUAUUUUUCAAAAUACAUAAUUGCGGAUUUUCACUAAUUAUUUCGGGUCACAGUAUAGUGAUGCACCAUAGAUUAUCAUAUAUUUCUUUGGUGUAGCUAAUUUAUGCGUUUCUUUCUAUUGCAAACUGGGACGUAUGACCUGGAACUUCCUUCCAUAACCAUGUGUCAUUUUCAUGUUAUUCUCAAAGUCAUUCAUUUAUAUUUUUGCUUUUUAUUCUGCUUAUGGAUCUCCUUAACUACCAUGGAAAAUGGCUUCCGUCUCUCUCUCUCUCUCUCUCUCUCUCUCUCUCUCUCUCUCUCUCUCUCUCUCUCUCUCUCUCGUUGGCAUUAGUUUGCAAAAUCUUUUCACCAGUACAUCAUCUCACUUACUACGUGAUAUUCACUACAUUCUUAGGAGUUCCGUCUUCACAAUUAUUGACUUUGUUAAGCGUAGGAUGUAAGGUUUCUUGUUAUGUAAUAACAAGAUGGAAUAUUAAAGUAACACGGUGGUCCAUGUGUGGGAUUUAGUUAUGCCUCGAAGGUAUUAAAACUGAAAGUUUUAUUCAUAUCGUGGAAUACUGUUUAAGGAUUCCCAGUAUGUGUUUGUGUGUGCAUUUGUGAAAUUGUGUAGGACUGUGAUUGUAACGUUGGAGUGAUAAUACAUUUCAAAAGACGCUAGUAGUUGGUUAAAGCUCGAAAGAGGAUUUGUUAAAUAUGAUAUUUCUUUGAUUUAGUGGACUUUGUCAGCAAGACGUCCCGGAUUCUACAGCCUCAAAGGAAAAUACUCAUUGUUAUUGAAGAUUGUGCUGACAGAAAGAAAGCAUUUUAAAAUAUAUUUGUUGUUAACCAUCUUGUAAAGAAAAUGCAGAUUCUUGUUGGAAAUUGGUCAUUGAUCCUGAAAUGUGUGCCAUUAUUUGAUGACUGGUAAAUUUUUUUUCCACUAGGUGAACGGAGAUAUGGGUACUCAUUCCAUCAUUAAUGUUAUGAAUGUAUAGUUAUGUGAAAAAUUGUAGAAGAACAGACUGCAGUUGGAGCUGAGAAAAUGACAUGGAUAACUAGCCUGUGAUAUACUGUAUUAUACUGAACGGGUUAUUCUGCGCUAAUAAGAUGACAUUUCGUAUCCCUAGACUCUUCUUUUAUAAAAGUACGACUUUAGCGCAGACAACUUAAGAAAUCCGAAGUACGGCAGUCUCGCGUAAUGACCUAUGGAUUACGUGACGAACAGACUUGUACGUUGGCUUAAAAGGAUGUCAUAAAUUGCAUUUUCAGCUCAUUCAGAGAGAUAUCAUAAGAAAAGACAGUGUAGGGGACCAUGACUCAACGUAAUACUGUGUUUAGGAUAGAAUGUGUAAGAUGAAGCUAUGGAGACAGAGAGCAAACAGCAGCGCCUGACACCAGGUAGGAUGACUGGCCCAGGCCAAGCAGACAGGAAAAGAGAGAGAUGAAAAUGAGUGAUUUAGAAAGGUCAUUCAUUUCUGGAUGUCUGUCAAACAGACGCGUUAGCAGUAGAUAGAAGGUAGGUAUUCAGACGUCAGAAUAUGAUUAACAUAAUAGCACUGACUGAUAAUCCGCAGACAGCAACUACGAAGAAACAUAUUUAAAAAUCAGUCACAUUUCAAGGGAAUUUUUGGAAAGAGAAUCGUCCAUGCUGCGAAAGUUGUGCAUAAUUUUCCAAAUGUUAUAUUUUUUGAAUGGGACGCUCUCAGAACUUUGUCUCUGACCAGGAAAAUCAGCCGAUCUAACUACUUUAAUAUAGAAAGAAAGUGAUCACAAUCGCAUUUCUUCUGUGCAAAGAAAGCGAAGUUUUAUUUCAUGCCAUUCACUGACCAGUUUAUUAUGGUGAAAUUUAAACUGCAGGGGCACACAAUGAACGCAACUCUUAACCCCGACCAUAACGGCCACUCAACAGAAUGAACUAACUGCUCCUCUGAGGAAUGAGAAGAAACGAGCUCAUUCUGCCACAAGUCUCAGUUGCUCAGCCAUUAAGAGCUCUCAGGUUUACUCAACACGAGCAUUUUCUUUUCUCCCAAGGGCAUUUAAGUGGACAUUUAAUUAAAGGACAUUGAAUGAAUAAACUUUGGGCAUUUUGAAAGUUUACAAGGUUUGUGUGGCCCCCAUACUUGUCGUGGUUAUUGUAGCUUAGUGCAUUUGUUAUGUCGAACGA